GUCCUCGUCACCGCAGUCGCUCUUGACGAUGAUUAUGCAUGCCGAUCUUGAGGUAAUUGUUCCGAACAUCGUCUUUGGGAUAAUCUUCGCGUGGAUGGUCCAGAGAGUAAUUCAGGUGAUAGUCAGUUUCCGCGAGAAUAAUCUCAAGCUUCAAUGGCCGAAAGAGGGCGAGGUGGAGAUGGAGAUGGAGGAACUGGUAGGCGAAGGAGAAGCUCUCGAAGAGGAGAACAAUGAAGGAGAGAAGAUGGGAGUAGAGAAGUCCUAUCGAACGCCAUCUCCAUCUCCAUCUGCAUCGCCAUCGCCAUCGCCAUCGCCAUCGCUAUCGCCUGUAGCGUCUCAAUCUGUUGCAAAGGUCUUAAAGACGGAUGGAGAGGGAGAGGGAGAGGGAGAGGGAGAUGGAGAUGGUGGUGUUCAUGUUGACUUUGAUCGGAUUCGCAGAGGUGUUGAGGGGGAAGUGGAGGAGGAUGAUGGCGAUGAUGACGAUGAUGAUGAUGAGGACGAUGACUUGGACGAUGAUGACGAUGAGGAUGAGGAAGAGGAUGAAGAUGAUGAUGAUGACGACGACGAGGAAGGAGAAGGACGUGGUAAUCUAUCGAGGAGAAGCCGGAAACGCAAGAGCGAGAUAGAGGACUUGUUUGACGCAGCUGCAACUUACGUGGCAGCCAUGGUUAGGGGUCCGGGGAUCGAGGCCUCGCAAGAAACUCAGCUUCUUCUGUAUGGAUUGUUCAAGCAGGCGAGCUUCGGGCCCUGCAACAUCCCCAAGCCUUCCAUCUACAGCGUGGCGGAGCGCGCCAAAUGGGAUGCAUGGAAUAAAUUAGGCGACAUGAAAGAGGAGGAAGCCAUGGCCAAGUACGUGGAUGUGCUGACGUUAGUCAAUUCAGGCUGGCGUUCACUAGUCGCUGCCAGGGAGGCUUCGGUGGGCCAAUCCAGUCAGGGUGAUCAUGGAGGGAGGCGAAGCAUGGGUCCGGUAUUCAGCACCUUGCAGGAUGAAGAUUCAACGGAGUAUGAGAGUUUGGAAAUGGCAGCGAUACAUGAGAUGGCGAGUGAAGGCAAUUUGGAGGGAGUCCUGGCGGAGUUGGCGAAGGGAGUAGCUGUUAAUCUUCCAGAUGAGAAGAAGCGCACACCUUUACAUUGGGCAGCGGACAGGGGACAUCUUGACGUUGUUAAGUUACUUUUGGCACGAGGUGCUAGCACAAAUCUCCAGGACUCGACCGGGCAGACUCCUUUACACUAUGCGGUUCUUUGUGAGUUUGAAGAAGUGGCGAAGGCGCUAUGGGAGCAUGACGCGGAUCCUUUUGUGAAGGAUGAAGAUGGGACCACGCCGGACGAAAUGAUGCCAGAAACCUGGCACUGGAGAACUUCAAGGAUCUAAUUGCUAAUUAGUAAUUAGUAAUAAUUACUGAAAUAGUAAUAUUGUUACUAAUUUUAGUAAUUUUUUACUAAUUUGUAAUUAGAUGAUAGGCUUGGGAAGUUUUGAAAGU